UUCACUGCUCCUGUGCACCUUCCUUCCUGCUGAGAAGGAAGCAGUCUUUACACCAUCAGCCAUAAAAAUUGGCUGGUUUGCUGAGCAAAUAGUGACUUUAGGAGGAUGAUUCUGCAAUGAAACUGGGGAAACACAUCUAUAUAAAGAGAACCAGCAAGUGAGCUCUGCCAUCUGCUCAGACAAGUGGGACCAGAUCGCUGCUCCCACCAUGAUGACGAGCACUUUUGGGCUGCUUGGGCUGGUGCUUCUCAGCUGUCUUCCAGAUGCUGUCAUCGAAGCAAGUCAGGCCAAUUGCAGCAAUUACCACUUGACUGUAGACAACAAAGUCAGCUGUCCCAAAAACCUUCACCCCGUCUGCGGCACCGACAACGUGCUCUACCCCAACGAGUGCACGCUGUGUACGGAAAUCCUGCGUGGCAAGAGCAUUGACAAAAAGCACGAUGGGAGAUGCGUUCAGGGGGUGGACUGCACCGGCUACCUGGAAACCCCUCCUGGCCAGUCGGCUAUCUGCACCAUGGAGUACAUACCCAUCUGUGGCACUGACGGCACUACCUACGGCAACCUGUGCGCCUUCUGCACGGCCAUCGCGAACGGGGCUGACAUGGACUGGAGCAGCAACGGACGAUGUCCCCAGGUGGACUGCAGCGACUACAAGGAGCCCGAACUCAUGUGCACGCUGGAGUACCUGGCCCACUGCGGCUCCGACGGCCGCACGUACGGCAAUAAGUGCCAGUUCUGCAGCGCAGUCGUGAAAAGUGAUGGGAAACUUCAUUUCAAGCAUUAUGGGAAAUGCUAGAUCUCCUGGGG